UAUCAACUGGACGGUUCUCUCCAGCUUGUCAUUGUUCAGACCCCGCACGCAGUAAUCACGUUACUGCCCCUCCUCGCCUUCGGUUCAUAGAUUAGGUAAACAGAUACACAGGAGAUAUCUGCCAUCGUGUCUGGGGAUAGCAGGGCAUGGUGCCUCGGAUGCAAUCCGGCCAUGGAUUCAGUUUCCGGCUGGUGGUUCCGGGUGGCAAUAGAACCACCUCGCCUAGAGACCGUCUGGGACAGCUCAAUUCAAUACAACAAUUGCGCGGAUGUUGGAUGCCCGGGAGUCAUUGCGGAUGGAAGGCUGCCUGCCUCGGCUGGCCUGAGGAUCCGUUUGCAUUACGUUACGCAAAGCUGAUUGUUCAAGCGGGAGUCUAUUUAUAUACCGCACACCGCCCGGCCAAUUACGCUCACAGACAAUGGACAACCCCAGGGGAGAGUGGGUCACCCCUAUCACCGCGGAGCAUGCAUUGUCUGUCGACAGACACUCCAGCACAGCCAAACACUAAGUCUGUAUGUAGCCCUGGUCCGCCGAUGGUAUGUCUGCAAACGCCAAUCCCGGCGGCAAGGCCUGCCAAAGGAGCUCUUCUGAAAGCAGCCUGAAGCCGGCAGGACGCCUGUUGAGGUGGAAACCUAGGAUUGUACCACGACGGGUAGUUUCCCUCUCGCCCGUGCCGUCACCACAAGCUCCUGCAUGCCAUCUCGAUAUGGGAUUCGUGCAAAGGG